CUUGCCGAGGGCCGUCUGCAACUGACCUUGUACCAGUAUAAGACUUGUCCGUUCUGCAGCAAGGUCCGAGCCUUCCUGGACUUCCAUGCUUUGCCAUAUGAGGUAGUAGAGGUAAACCCUGUCCGGAGGCAGGAGAUCAAAUUCUCCUCUUACAGGAAGGUGCCUAUCCUACUUGCCCAGGAAGGAGACUUACUACAACAACUUAACGACUCCUCCGUGAUCAUUAGCGCACUCAAGACAUUCCUGGUAUCUGGGAAGAACCUGGAGGAAAUCAUCUCCUAUUACCCUUCAAUGAAGGCAGUGAAUGACCAGGGGAAGGAGGUGACUGAGUUUGGCAAUAAAUAUUGGCUCAUGCUGGAUGAGAAGGAGACCCAACGGGUCUACAGCGGGAAAGAAGCUCGAACGGAGGAGAUGAAAUGGCGACAGUGGGCAGAUGACUGGCUGGUGCAUCUCAUCUCACCCAACGUCUACCGAACCCCUGCUGAAGCUCUGGCUUCCUUUGAUUACAUUGUCCACGAAGGCAAGUUUGGGGCUGUGGAAGGAGCAGUGGCCAAGUAUGUGGGUGCAGCUGCCAUGUUUGUCAUCAGCAAGAGACUCAAGAGCCGGUAA